GGCAGCUCCGACAGGCCAAAAGUCAUGAUGUACAUGUAGUUCUAGGCAACCCACGGCAAGCGCAAGUCGUCACUCGGCUCAGUACAGAGUGAAAGCCACUCCGAGAGCACUCUAUCCCCCCUUCAUCGAGUCACAUGGCUCACAUGCAGUCAUGGCUCCGCUCCGGGUAGACUAUUCGCUCUAUCUCGUCACUGAUUCAACGCCUGCCAUUCUCGGAAGCAAAGACCUGGUCGCGGUGGUGAAAGAUGCCGUGGCUGGAGGUGCCACAAUCGUGCAAUAUCGAGACAAGACCUCAGACACUGCGGAUCUCGUGAGGAUAGCAAAGCAGCUGCAUGCAGUCACAACGCCGGCAAAUGUGCCAUUACUGAUCAAUGACCGCGUCGAUGUGGCAUUGGCUGCUGGAGUGGAAGGCGUUCAUGUCGGGCAAGAUGACCUGGACUUGAAAACUGCACGCAAGAUCCUUGGGCCUGAUGCUAUCAUUGGAGUCACCGCGAAUAAUGAAGAAGAAGCCUUGAUUGCUGCCAAAGAUGGGGCCGACUAUCUAGGUAUUGGAACCGUAUACGCCACCCCGACCAAGGCAAACACAAAAUCCAUCAUAGGCACUGCUGGGGUGCAGUUCAUCUUGAACUCCUUGGCAGAGAAGGGGUUGGAUGUCAAUACAGUUUGCAUAGGUGGCAUUAACGCCAGCAAUGCUCAGCGUGUGCUGUUCCAGACCGCAUCCGCGAAGAAGAAGCUUGAUGGUGUGGCUGUAGUCAGCGCCAUUGUUGCUGCAGACGAUGCGAGAAAAGCUGCUUCAGAUCUUCUUCGACUGGUCAGGACACCACCACCUUUCGCCACUACUCUAGCAAAGCCGAAGCUGCUGCGGCAAGAUAUCGUUUCGAAAGCUCCUCAAGUAGUCAAGCGGAUGGCCGGCAGGAAGCCGCUAUGUCACAACAUGACGAACCUUGUAGUUCAGAAUUUCGCCGCCAACGUCGCUCUCGCCAUUGGAUCAUCUCCAAUAAUGUCGAACAAUGGUCUGGAAGCACCAGAUCUCGCUGGUCUUGGAGGCAGUCUCGUCAUCAACAUGGGUACAACGACACCUGAGAUUCGAAGCAACCACUUGAAGGCACUAGCAGCGUACAAUACUGUCGGCGGCCCAACUCUGUUGGAUCCGGUAGGAGCUGGCGCCACUCAGCAACGAAGAGAUGGAGUGAAGGCGCUGAUGGAAGGGGGCUAUUUCGAUAUUAUCAAAGGUAAUGAGGGAGAAAUCCGCACGGUGGCAGGAGCUACAGGGCUCCAGCAACAUGGCGUCGAUUCAGGAGCAUCACAACUUUCAUUGGAAGAAAGAGUCACCCUCGUCAAGGCCACUGCUGCACGCGAGCACAGCAUCGUCCUUAUGACAGGCAGUACAGAUGUCAUUUCUGAUGGAGAGCGUACAUUCACACUCAGCAACGGACACGAGUAUCUUGGCGAGAUCACUGGCAGUGGAUGCUCGCUCGGCACCACGAUUGCAAGCGUCAUGGCCGUCGAGCGCGAAGAUAAGCUCCUAGCUGCUGUGAGCGCAUCAUUGAUGUAUGAAAUUGCUGCUGAGCGAGCAGCAAAGCGAGAAGAUGUGAAGGGACCAGGAACAUUCGUACCUGCUUUCAUUGAUGAGCUCUACAGAAUUCGACAAGAAAGCGUGGCAGAGAAUGGAUCCUGGGCUGAAGCAGCACGGAUCGAGGUCGUAUAGCCUACUCAAAUUCAGCUUUACAACUUGCUCUUCCCUCCAAGCACAACACCCAGCAACCAAUCCUUCAAAAUCGCAUUCGUCUCAUCCGGCGUAUGCCACAAAGCCCAGUGACCCGCGUCCACCUCAGCCCUUGUCAAAUUCGGAAUCGCCUUCUCCAUUCCCCUACUCAUCUCCCUCGUCAAGAUAGCAUCCUUCGUCGCAAGAAUAUACAACGUCGGCUGUUUCACAGCCUUCUUCCUCUCCGGUUCCAAACCCAACUCAUCCUCAAAAUUAAUCUUCCUCGUCCUAUACCAAUUACAAGGACCAUUAAUACCAUUCUUCAAAAACUCCUUCACAUAAUACUCCAACUCCUCUUCAUUCAACAAAGGACUCAUACCAACCUCCUCACCCUCAUCCUCCAAAAUGCUCAAAUCAAUCCCUUUCUCACCACUCAUGAACCUCUUCCCACUCCCAACUUUCCCCCCAUACAUCCCCAACAAAAACUUCCUCAUCCUCCUCUCAUCCCCCUCCCUCACAGCCUUCUCAACCACGCAAUCCUCACUCCCAAACUGCAACUGAUACCCAAACUGCGGCACACUCCCACUCUCCACCAACUCCCUCGUACUCACAUACCUCUCAUGCACCGGCGCAUAAGCCGU